UUAUUUGCUGCCCGCAGCGAUUCGGCGAAAUUUGCGAUUGUUCCUGAAAAACGCAACGGAUGAGCAGGAGUAACGGACGAGUCGGCGCCGCAUCCGACGCGCGCGUGACACAGAAAGCAGGCGACGCAACAACACCCGCACCGCAAUUAUCGCCUCUAAUUGUGUUGUAAUUUAGCCGGUGCGUUUGUAUAAAUGGCUAAAAAGUGUGCCGAUCGGCGCACAUUCGAUCGAAAAAUGAGCGCACGACUAGUGGCAGUGGCCGUUCUGCUCGCGGCGGCCGUUGCCGCCGAGGAGGCCGCCACCCCCGAGGUGUCCUACGAGCACUUCAGGCUUCUCAGGGUGCAAGUGGCGGACAAGGAGCAGAUGGCCGCCGCUUUCCGCCUGUCCAUGGAGUUGGACGGCGUGCAAUUGUGGGCCACGCACAACAUGUCCACACAACUCGACCUCCUCGUCGCGCCAACGGCCUGGACCAACAUCACGACUGAGCUCAACCAGAGCGGCAUCAAGUACUCUAUCAUCAUAGAAAACUUGCAGGACUCAAUUCGCAAUGAGAAUCCACCCAUGGACCCUGAGGAGGAAGAGUGGGAAAACAGGAGUGGCCACCGGCUCACGUGGAAGCGAUACCACCACUACAAAGAUAUCGAGAGUUACGUGGAUUAUCUGGCCAACACGUACCCUGAGAUUUGCCAGAUGGAGGUGAUCGGACAGACGAGCGAAGGCAGACCGCUCAAAGUGCUCAAGAUUUCAACGGGAGGUGCUACUAAACCUGCCGUUUGGAUUGAUGGAGGUAUUCAUGCCCGCGAGUGGAUCGCGCCCGCGACCGUGACGUAUUUGCUGCUGCAGCUGGUGGAAUUUCGCCACGACCACCCUUGGCUGAUCGACGACCUCGACUGGUACGUCCUGCCGGUGGUCAACCCCGACGGCUACGAGUACUCGCACACCACUGACCGGUUGUGGCGCAAGACGCGGUCGGCUGGCGACGGCCAAUGCGUCGGCGUUGACGCAAACAGGAACUUUGACUCGCACUGGCUCGAGGUCGGGGCGUCGUCCGAUCCGUGCUCCAGCAUCUACGCGGGUUCGCGACCCUUCUCUGAACCGGAGACCAAAGCCAUGUCCGACUUCAUUUUAUCGCGACGAGACGAGAUCAAAGUUUACCUCACGCUGCACUCGUAUGGCCAGAUGUGGCUCGUGCCGUGGGGCUACAAGGCGGACAAGCCCGACGACUACUACGACAUGUACGUCUUGGCCGAGCAGGGCGUCGAGGCGCUCGAAAGGGUGCGCAACACCGACUACCUCCUCGGCACCGCUGACGAACUUAUUUACACCUCCUCAGGUGGCUCCGACGAUUGGGCCAAGGAAAAGGCCGGUAUCAAGUACGCCUACACGGUGGAACUUCCUGACACUGGCCGAUACGGUUUUGUGCUUCCGGCCGCGCACAUCGAGCUCGUAGGCCAAGAAGUCUGGGAGGGUGUGAAGGGCAUGAUGCUCUACUUCACCAAAAACAUUAGUGUUUGAACACAGACACACGUUUAGUUGUUGGUUGCUGCUUUAAUUUCGGUGCUGUUGUUAUUUUCCGUUGCCUGUUGCUGCAUACGGCUUUUGGGGGAAAUAGGAAAUGAUAAUAUGGGGGACACACAUGCGACUUCCACAACGAUGAGAUUUACUUCCAGUCAGCGAUGCGGCAAAAUUGUUUCGUGGACUUAUGUUAUAGUGAGUUUUUGUGGUGUUUAUGGGAAUGCCAAGUUUUUAAAAAUGGCCGCUUUAAAAACCGAAACUGACAGUCCUUCGAAUACGAGUUUCCUUUUUACGUCCUUGACCAUCAAACAUUUUUUUUUAAAAAACAGCGUACGUGUCCCUUUCCGUCCCAAUUUUUACGUUGUUUAUAUAGUAGCCCGAAAUUGGGUUAAAACUCAAGCUGUUAUACUUUUAGAUAAUUAUUGUAAUUUCCAACCUGUUUGAAGUUGUUUAUGAUAUAUACGAUUGUUAAAUUAUUCAACCAUCGAAUAAAGAAAAAAAUUAAACUUUCA